AUGACUAGACCGAAUCGCCUCCGCGUGGGCAUAGACGUCGGCGGCACUAACACCGACGGCGUGGUCCUCGACCCCGCCGAGACGAAUCCCGACGCUUCCAUCAAGGCAUGGCACAAGACGGCCACGACGCCCGACCCCAGCGACGGGAUCGACGCCGCCCUCUCCCACAUGUUCGACGUGGGGGGCGUCGACCCCUCGACCGUCUCGAGUGUCACCAUCGGUACGACGCACUUUGUCAACGCCGUGGUCGAGGCCGAUGCGUCGCGACUGUCCCCCGUGGCUGUCAUCCGGCUCUGCGGACCCUUCUCCAAGCACGUGCCCCCCUGCGUGGACUGGAACCCCAGACUGAGCGACAUCAUCCUGGGGCACUACGCGCUGCUCAAGGGUGGGCUGCAGGUGGACGGGCUCCCCAUCUCAGAUAUCUCCGAGGAGGAGAUACGUGCCGAGUGCGCCGUCAUCCGGGAAAAGGGCAUCAGCAACAUCGUCGUCAAUGGCGUCUUCAGUCCCAUCGAUACCAUCGAGAGGCAGGAGGAGAGGGCUGCCGAUAUUGUCAGGGCUGAGAUCCCCAGCUGCAAUGUUGUGUGUUCCAAGGAUGUGGCCAACAUUGGCUUCAUAGAGCGAGAGAAUGCGGCCAUCCUCAAUGCGUCUAUCCUGACGUUUGCCAAAAAAACGAUCCGCUCGUUUCAACGCCCAAUCAGGCGCCUGGGACUGAAGUGCCCCCUGUACAUUGCCCAGAAUGACGGCACCAUCCUCUCUGGCGAGGGAGCUGCCCAGCUUCCCAUCCGCACCUUCUCCAGCGGCCCUACCAACAGUAUGCGGGGAGCUGCGUUUCUCGUGCAGAGAAAUAUUGAGGAGGACGUCAUGGUGGUGGACAUCGGAGGGACAACGACAGAUGUAGGUCUGCUCGAGGCAACCGGAUUUCCCCGACAGCGCGCUGCGUACAGUGAACUGGAGGGUGUCAGAGUCAACUUUCCCGGUCCCGACAUCAAGAGCAUAGGCCUCGGCGGCGGAUCCAUCGUCCGCCCUGGAGCUCCCAUGACCGUAGGACCCGACAGUGUUGGACACAAGCUGUCCAAGGAGUCGGUCGUGUUCGGCGGCAGCACUCUUACUGCUACCGACCUGACGGUCCUGGGCAACUCCGGCUUGGACAUAGGCGACCGGGCACUUCUGCAGGGAAAGGCUGGGGAUGCUGACGUUGAAGAGUUCCGUCGUCUGGUCAAGAAGAAGCUAGAGAACAUCAUUGAUAUGAUGAAGACGUCGCCGGCCGACAUACCCGUCAUCCUAGUCGGAGGCGGAGCGGUUGUCGCGCCGGAGAGCCUUCGGGGAGCCUCCAAGGUGACGAAGCCCAACUGGUCACAGGUUGCCAAUGCGGUGGGAGCUGCCAUGGCUCGUGUCAGUGGUAUCGUCGACACCGUCAUGUCUACCGAGUCCAAGUCAAUCCCCAAGCUGCUGGAGGUCGUCAAGGAGCAGGCCAGGGCCAGGACGAUUGAGGCUGGAGCAAAGCCUUCUUCUGUUGACAUUGCCGAGGUGGACACGCUUCCGCUAACAUAUGUAUCAAACAUGACGCGGUUCAUCGUUCGCGCCGUCGGCGACGUGGAUCCCAGUAAGAACUUGGAGCUUCCGUCAGACAGGUCUGACGAGGUUGAUGACGAGACCGGGACUGGAGCGCAGCCAACCAUCGAAAAGAAUCCCAAAGAAUCAUACCACGAGAAAAAAGAGGUUGAUAUCGAUAAUUACAAGCCAGAUGUCCGUGGCCGCGUCUGGUAUAUCUCCGAGACGGAUCUGGAAUGGAUCUCUACCGGCUGCUACAUACUUGGAACGGGCGGAGGGGGUUCGCCAUACUCCAGCAUGAUACGCCUACGCGCCGAGCUCCGAAAGGGAGCAGUAGUCAGAGUUGUCGACACAAAGGAUCUCGCAGACGACGCACAAGUUGGCUGCGGCGGCGCUGCAGGCAGCCCGACGGUAGCGGUGGAGAAGCUUGGUGGCGACGAGACUCUCGAGGCUCAGCAGGAGCUGUACAAGAUAUGUGACAAGGCCGCAACUCACCUGAUUGCGGUCGAGAUUGGCGGGGCAAACGGGUUGCAGAGCUUGAUUAUCGGAGCGAGCACGCACAUGAACAUCCCCGUCGUGGACGGGGACUGGAUGGGCCGAGCAUACCCAACCAAGUGGCAGACAACACCGGUUGUCUUCAACGAGAGAUCGCCAAUCUGGUGCCCCAUUGUCAUGUCGGACGGCAGUGGAAACGUCCUGGUCAUGCCCAAGGCUGCGUCGGAUACAGAUGUCGACCGUAUAUUUCGCAGCGCCCUCAGCCAGAUGGGAUCUCAAGUCGGAAUUGCCGAGGCUCCCGUGACGGGUGCGGAAACGAGAAGGUGGGCGGUCCAGAACACGAUCUCUCAGGCCUGGAGGAUUGGCCGAGGCGUCGCCAGGGUCCGUGCCGAGCGCCGCACGGCUCAAGUGGCCGAGUCUAUUCUCCAGGAAUUUGGCGGAGCCAGUGCCGGCAAGGUUAUCUGGAAGGGCAAGAUCAUCGGGGUCGAGAGAGUGGUGAGGUCUGGCUAUGCGUACGGGGAGUGCCUGAUCCAAGGCGCUGAUGUGACCGAGGAUGGGUCCUCUCGAGAGUUUCAAGGCUUGCUCCGGGUCCCUUUCAAAAACGAGAACAUCGCUGCCAUUGUUGACCGCGGGGACGGCCAGAUGGAGGGCGAGGGAGAUGUGCUGGCGACGGUACCGGACCUCAUCACCAUCAUCGAUGCGCAGAACGGCGAGGCUGUGGGCACUCCAGAGUAUCGAUACGGUCUUUUGGUAGUCGUGCUGGGCAUCGCGGCCAGCGACAAGUGGACAGGGUCUGAGCGCGGAAUCAAGAUUGGAGGUCCGGAAGGGUUUGGGUUCGGCCACCUAAAGUAUUCACCCCUUGGGGAAUACCAUGAACCGCUGAGCGUCAUUGACGAGUUUGACAUGAGUUAA